UCCACUUGGAACUCGGAACAAGUACCCACACACUCUCUCUUUCCGUUCUGUCAUUUCCAUUUCUACUUUUCUCUCACUUCUCUACUCCAUCCACCGCCCUUUCCCUUUUCUCGCCGGAACCCUAAUUCUAUCCGCCGGAACUCAAUAAACCACCGCCGAGUUGUUGAUACAGUAGAUGAUUGAAGAAUAGGUGAAACCGAAAGAAGCUGGAUUUCCUCGCCGAAUGGAGGGAGGUAGCAUCUCUAGACUUUAUUAUUCUGUCUGAUUCACUUGUAUGUUUAAGGGAUACACUCAUGGAUUAUGAUGACAAUGACUAUCAAAGCCAGAAUCUCAAUUUAGCUGGUGAAGGGAGUACCAAAUUUCCUCCAGUUUUAAGACCAUAUGCUCUCCCCAAGUUUGAUUAUGAUGAAAGCCUCCAAGGUCAUUUAAGGUUUGAUAGUUUGGUUGAUACUGAAGUUUUCCUUGGCAUUGAAAGUAACGCAGAUAAUCAGUGGAUUGACGCGUACUCCCGUGUAAGUAGUGGGGUAGAGUUUAAUUCAACUGAAGCUGAAACUUGCUCUAUAUCAAGGCAUAAUAAUGUUUGGUCUGAGGCGACUUCCUCGGAAUCUGUUGAGAUGCUAUUAAAAUCUGUUGGACAGGAGGAAUUUGUCCCUAGAGAAGGUGUUAUACAGGAGUCGGAUGCCUGUGAUGAACUUGCAUGCCUAGUCAACCAAAUGGAUCCCUCUCUGAAAGCUGAUGAGAAAAUUGAGUUUAAAGAUGAUGUUGCUGAUACACAGCCACCUAGUUGUAUUCAUGAAAACGUAUCCGGAUCAAAAGAGGAUGUAGAAAUGGAGCAGUCUCUGGCCGGAAUUUCCCAAGGCCGUGAAAGCGAACCAUCAAUAGAUGGAAGUUUAAAUAAUAUGGAACCACCUGAUAUGCAUCUUCAUGUUGACUUACCUGAGUCUGGGGGGAUUCUCUUCACUGAUGGUAAAUAUGAUGAUACAAACCAAAUGAAAGUUGAAACUCCCGCUGAUACUUUUCUCCAUGAAAAAACUAAUGAUAAGUCAUCUGUGUCUGUGGCGACGACUAAUAUGAAUGAGGCAUCUACAGUGAAUAUCCCUUCUACUUGUGAAGUGUUAAAAAUUCAAAAUACGCAAAAUCAAAUAGUUGGUACCGGUGAUGACAACCAAAGUUCUUUACAAACACAAACUAGUAAGCUGGAUUUGGAGUCUUGCGUGAAGAACGGAAAUUUUGAUGUUGACACUCAAACUUUAGAUAUCAGCGCGGUUGAGGGUGAAUCAAAUCAGUCUGAUAAUCCACUUUGUUUAAUCCACGGAGAAGACACUUUGGAAUGUGUGAGUGUAGUUGAAGGCCUUGCGACUGGGAUAGGUACUUCAGAGAAAUCCUUGAACACUGUAUCUAAUGAUAUUUCUAACCUGCAGAAAACAGAAAGAGGAAGUGAAGAUGCAUGUUUUAGAGAUUUUUCCCUGAGAAAUGCUAAUAUAGACACAUUAUUGAUUAAAGAUUCUGUGGCGGGUGAUCAAUCUGCACCAAUUACAAGCAAUACUCCAAAGAUUGCAAUAAAAGAUGAUUCUAGUUCUGAAGGGGAAGAUGCAUGUUUUAAAGAUUUAUCUCAAGGGAAUGCAAAUAAAGGUGCUUUAUUGGUUAAAGGUCCUCUGAUGGAUGAUCAAUCUCCACUAAGUACAAGUGACACACCAAAGAUUGCCGUAGAAGAUGAUUCUAGUUCUGAGGGGCAUAGAAUUGAGGUCAGUAGUUCUGAUUGUGGAACUUGUCCUAAUUAUCAUCUGAAUACGGUUACAAUUGAGAAGACACUUGUCGAGAGCAAUGUUUCUAAGGAAAAAGAGUUGUUAAACAUUGGUAACCAGAUGGAUACAGAUGAUUUGUCAAGUAAGGCAGAUGCAUCUAUGUUUGCUGUGGUGGAUAAAAAGACUUUUGUAGUUAGCGAAGGCAAUAGUGAUGACAGAGCAAGUUUUUUCAGUUCCAAUACAGUGGUUUCUACUAAGUCUUGUAUUUUGGGUGAGACAACUCCAAUGUGUGAAAACAACAAAUCUAACAAGCAGGGUGAUCAUAAAUUUUUUUGUCAAGCCAUUUCUGUCAGUGACCAAGGGAGUGAAAAGGCUCCUUUUGAUUUGAGCACAGUUCAUUGUGAUGUUGAUCAAUCUCAUCUUGCUGACGGGGGAGUUUGUUCAUCAUCUCUUGGUGCAUGUAGCGUGGAAACCUCCACAGUGUCAGUUGAUGUCAUGCCCAUCAAUAGUUCAGAUGUCCAUGAGCUUAAAAGGAUGAAGCAUGUUGACUCUGCUUCUGUUGAUGAAAAGGAAGACUUUGAAGCCCAAAUAGUUGAGGAAGCAGGCAUUUCUCUCCCUGUUGGGUUUUCUAAACUGGAAGUUGAUCCUUGUACUGUUGCUGGAAACGACAAUAAAAAAAAAUCCGACAAUACUGGUCACAUAUCAUGGGAGACAGACAACAGCUCUCUGCAUAAUCUGGAUACUAGUGCUACUGAAAGUAUUGGUGAACCUCAAGAAAUACAAAGCGUUGAUCACGAGUGCACAAAAGAGUCUAGUGUGGUUGCUGUUCUAUGUGAACCAAUAAAGAAACAGGGCAAUGAGGUUACUGUUUCUUUUAUUAAGGAUGAUAAAGAGGCAAUACAAGAGCAUCAUGACAAGCCAUACUCGAAAUUAUCAGGUUCCACAUCGUCUUCUAUUCCAGAUCCUCACAAUGAGUUGCAUACUGAAGGUUGUUCUGCCAAUCCUCCGUAUAAUAAGCAUGAUGUAUCUAAAGAUGGGAGAAGUGUAGUUCCUGAUGUAGGUCUUGUGGCAAAUUCGUCCAAAAAAGACGUUACAGAUUGGACCCCAAUAGGAGCAAAAGCUGGUGCGAGGGGUCCCUUUCCUGUUAUUGUAGCCAACAAAGACUCGGUGGUUGUAGCAGAAUCUCCGCUGGCUUCUGAAUUAGGUACUCCCAAACCGAAUGUAGCUAGACUUGUAUCUCAUGGAAGUCCACUAAUACCUGAUGGUGAUUUAGCACAAAGUGUUUCUAAAGGUACACCUGAACGUAAAACCAGGCGAACACCUAAUAAGACUGCUGGAAAGGAAUCAUCUAGAAAAGGAAGCAAAGGAAAGACUCCAGCAAAACGGUCAGAAAAAGGGGACAGAUCAACCAGUGUACCUCUGAGCCCAUCCUCUGGUUUCCAGCUGAUGCAAUCCAACGAGGCACAUCAGUAUAGGAAAAUUGAUUCCAUCAGUACAAAGCCAUUUUCAGAUUUGAAUACCUCUGCUUCUCCGUCUGUUAUGUUUCAACAGCCUUUUAUGGAUGUUCAACAAGUACAGCUACGUGCACAGAUCUUUGUAUAUGGAGCUUUGAUUCAAGGCAUAGUACCUGAGGAGGCCUAUAUGUUAUCGGCUUUUGGCGGUGCAGAUGGUGGACGGAACUUUUGGGAGAAAGCCUGGUCUUCCUGCUUGGAAAGGCAGCGGAGCCAUAAGUCUCAUCCAACUAACUCAGACACACCACUGCAAUCACUAUCUGGUACUAGAACCGCUGAUUUGGCAGUUAAGCAAAGCGAACUGCAAGGAAAGGGUAUCACCCCCCCUCUUGGCCUAGCCAGUAGCAUGAGCACUCCAACCAUUGUAAACCCUUUCAUUCCCCUGUCAUCUCCCCUUUGGAGUUUACCGUCUCCCUCACAGGCACUUGUUUCAUUGCAUCCUAAUCAAACUCCACCACUGAGAAACUUCCUUGGGCAUAAUACAUCUAGGAUAUCCCAAUCCCCCCUUCGUGGACCAUGGGUUGCUUCUUCUACUCCUGCUCUUGAUAACAGUUCCUAUCUCUCUGCAUCACCUGUCACAGAUACAAUUAAAUCCAGUUCAAUCAAAGGAACUUCUGCACCUUCUUCCUCUAGCAUUAAGAAUGUCCCUCCUAAUCUGCAAGCUUCUAAUGUAGGUCUACAAAAUGUAUUUCUGCAAACUACUCCUCUGUUUAAUACAAGCAAUGCGACUGUAUCAUCUGCCCGACAAUCUUGUGAUCCGAAGUCCAAAAAAAGGAAAAAGGUUACAACAGAGUCUGAGGAUCUCGGCCAUAAGAGUAUGCAUUUGCAGUCACACCUAGUAUCAACUCCUAUUGUCAGCAACCAUAUAUCUCCUGCUAACGCCACUGAACCCCCUGUUGUGAAUGUGCCAGUAACUACUGUUGAAAAAUCAGUUGAGUCUGUAUCUCCUCUAUCUCUGGCUGAUCGCCUCAAAGGUGGCUGGAAUAUUGAGAAAAGGAUUAUGUCAGAUGAGUCUCUUACAAAAAUUGAGGAGGCAAGGAUAAAUGCAGAAGAAGCUUCUACUCUUUCUGCCGCUGCGGUGAAUCAUAGCAUGGAGAUAUGGAAACAGUUGGAUAAGCAAAAAAAUUCUGGAUUGGCUUCAGAUAUUGAGGCCAAAUUAGCUUCUGCAGCAGUUGCAGCUGCAGCAGCUGCGGCUGUUGCAAAGGCAGCAGCUGCAGCUGCCAAUGUUGCGUCAAAUGCUGCACUGCAAGCAAAACUGAUGGCUGAUGAAGCAUUGAUCUUUUCUGGUCAUGAGAGUUCUUGCAGAACUUAUUUUUCCGAGGGUAUGAGUAACAUGGGAAAAGCAACCCCUGCUUCCAUCUUAAAGGGUGCAAGUGGAAUCAAUAGCUCUAGUUCUAUUAUCGGUGCUGCAAAGGAGGCUUCAAGAAGGAGAGUGGAAGCUGCUUCAUUUGCCAGAAAACGAGCUGAAAAUGUGGAUGCUAUUGUGAAGGCUGCUGAGCUGGCAGCAGAAGCUGUUUCACAGGCUGGCAGGAUUGUUACAAUGGGUGAUCCUUUGUCAUUAAGUGACUUGGUAGAAGCUGGUCCAGAGGGUUAUUGGAAAGCAUUCCAAGAGUCUUCUCAGCAAGUUGGGUUAUUUAAAGCCACGGGUAGAGGUCCGAUGAAUGUUGACAAUAUAGACAGACCAGAAACCUCUCAAAUAUCUAACAGAGAUACCUCAUCUAUGGAAAUGGGGAAGCGGAUUGCCGCGAUUGAGGAGUCACCCUUUCAGAAGGUGCAUAAUGAGACGUCACUGGACCAUAUGAGAUCAGUUGAUGAAAAUAGUUCAAAUGGAUCAAGGGGCCGCAGGGUUUCUAAUUUAGUCAAUCCCAUUGACGUGCUUCCCGAAUCUGUGACUGAAUUACAGGUUUCUUUGACUGACGGUAAUGGACCCGAAAAUCUGGAGAAGAAUAGCAUAAAAGAGGGCUCACAUGUAGAGGUUUUUAAAGAUGGAAAGGGAUUUAAAGCAGCAUGGUUCACAGCCAAUUUAUUAAGUAUGAAAGAUGGUAAAGCAUAUGUAUGCUACAACAGGCUUGUAGCUGAUGAAGGUGCAGGGCCUUUAAAGGAAUGGGUUUCACUUGAAGAUGAGGGAGAUAAACCCCCUAGAAUACGUGCUGCUCAUUCUCUUACCAGUUUUCAUAAUGAAGGGACAAGGAAGAGACAGAGAGCAGCUAUGGUGGAUUAUUGGUCCAUUGGCGAUAAAGUUGAUGCUUGGAUACAAGAAAGUUGGCGAGAAGGAAUUAUUGCAGAAAGGAAUAAGAAAGAUAAAACAUAUACUGUCCAAUUCCCAGCAAGUGGGGAAAAAUCAGUUGUUGAAGCUUGGUAUCUCCGUUCAUCCCUCAUUUGGAAUGAUGGGAAUUGGGUCGAGUCUCCUAAUGUGGGAGCAAAUGACAGUCCCACCAAUGAGGGUGUUGCACCGCGCGAAAAACGGACUAAGUUAGGAAGUCCUGCACAAGAACUUGUAAAGGGAAAAGACAAGACCUUAAAAGGCACUUAUGCUUCAGAAUCAGCUAAUCCCAGUGAAUUGAGAUUACUUAAUUUGAAUGAAGAUCAUAAAGUGUUCAAUGUUGGUAAGAACAUCAAGAAUGAAAAGAACUCAGAUGCACACAGAUUGGCAAGGUCUGGUCUUCAAAAAGAAGGACCAAAAGUGAUCUUCGGAGUUCCUAAACAGGGGAGGAAAAAGAAAUUUAUGGAAGUAAGCAAACAUUAUGUUGCAGGGGGGACAAGUAGGAUUAUUGAUGGAAACGAUUCAGAUAAGAUUGCAGAUUCUUUGAUGCCACAUGCUUCAGGAUCACGCGGAUGGAAAAAUAGUUCAAUAAAAGACACCAAAGAAAAAUUAGGAGCUGACUGCAAGCCUACUUCUAAGUCUGGAAAGCCACAGGUUUUGGGUAGAGUGAACCCAUCAAAACAAAAACCUUUGUCAAACUUUCGUAACCAUGAUUUGACAAGUCGUGCAGAAAGGACAAGGGAUUCUUCAAGUCAUGUCAACAAUGCUUCUCAGCGUGAAAAUCAGAUGGAAAGGGCAUCCUAUUCUGAAACCUCAGGAGCAAGACAAACCUCAAAUUCUUCACGUGCAUCUUCAACCGAUUCUCAUCCCACUAAGAAGCCACCCACAUCAAGAGUAAGUAAAGGAAAACAAGCACAUGCUGAUGGAAGGUGGGGUAAAGUUGAAGUGGAAAAGGCUGUGAAAGGAAAUCCGGUUAAAUCCACCUCUGAAGAAGUUCUUGAGCCUCGUAGAUCGAAUCGCAAGAUCCAGCCUACAUCUAGACUAUUGGAAGGAAUCCAGAGCUCAUUAAUUAUCUCAAAGACUCCCUCGGGUCCACACGAAAAAGGUUAUAAAAACCAGAACCGGAAUACUCCUAGGGGUAGUAACCAUAGUUGAAUGAAGGCUGCGAUUGUAUGACUCACAUAAGUUGCAUAAAUUUGUAUAUUAUAUAUAAUAGGUGACAUAUCUAUGGGAUUCUUGCUUUAUUUUUGGUUUUAGACAGACUAGUCAGAGUAGCUGUUUAUAUUGAUUUAUUCAUGUCUCGGCGAAUGGCACUGUAGGCUGUACACGGAAUUUAUCCAUGUUUAUUUAUAGACGUUUGCUGAUAUAUCAAAUGGUAACAUAAUACUUCCUUGGGUAUUAUUAACUA